UUUUGCAUUUCUGAACCGUACAGCUGGUGUGACGAGUGCGGAGUGUUGUCAGCAGUGUCAGAAGAGAGAUGCAGGCGUGCAAUUUUCUUAAACGAGUUGUUAACUCUACCAAACCAAACGUGCGAUCUUUUUCCAGAACACUUGGAGCCAUGGUCAAGGUUGGAGAUAAGCUGCCCUCUGUGGAUCUCUUUGAGGAUUCCCCGGCUAAUAAGAUAAACACCGGCGAGCUGACAAAUGGCAAGAAAGUCAUAUUUUUUGGUGUUCCCGGUGCUUUCACCCCUGGGUGCUCCAAGACGCAUUUGCCUGGCUACAUCAGUUCGGCCGACUCGCUGAAGGCGGAGCAGGGCGUAGAUGAGAUUGUCUGCGUCUCUGUCAACGAUCCCUUUGUGAUGUCAGCUUGGGGCAAGCAACAUGGCGCGGGUGGCAAGGUUCGCUUGCUCGCUGAUCCCGCUGGCGCUUUUGCUGCCGCUUUGGAUGUGACCAUCGAUUUGCCACCGCUGGGCGGUGUGCGCUCCAAGCGUUACUCGAUGGUUGUCCAGAAUGGCGAGGUUAAGGAAUUGAAUGUGGAACCCGAUGGCACUGGAUUAAGCUGCUCUCUGGCCAACAAUAUUGGCAAGAAGUAAAUGGCGAAUAUAUGGAGAAUACUAACUACUAUUUCCUGGGAAGGUAUCAAAUAAUCAAUUAGUGGCCUGGCCAAAGCGCUAAAAAUAUCAAAUACACUUUCAAUUAUAUUAUACUCUUAUAUAUUGGGAAAGAAAACUAUGUAGAGAAUACACAACACAAUAUGAAAUUAGAAAAGAA